AUCGGCGUCAAACAAGAGUGGAUCAGUGGAUAGUAACAUGUCGUUGAUGCCUGCUUCUGUUAAACUUUUUCUAUUUUUUUCUCAAAUUUUGCAAUAUUCCUUCGCCAAGACAUGCCACAAGGAGCUCAAACUGAACUGGACGAUUAGCGUAAGCAAUUCGGCUGUGAUUUCGCAGCCAUUGCUUGCAAAACUAAACAAUGCGAACGAAUACGACAUAAUUGUGUCUACCCUAGAUGGUAGUGUAAGCGUUAUUGACGCAAAUACUGGACAAGAAGGCCCACAGUGGCCUGUUUAUUUACCUGAAGAAUCCUUCUACGCAGGUCCUUUGUUGUACGACAUAGACCAAGAUGGAUCCUUUGAUAUUUUGCUUUCAACUGCAUCAGGGAAUAUCUUGUUUGUAUCACAGAAUGGGACAAUCAUGACGUCACAUACCAUACUCUUGCCCAGGCUGAUGGUGAAACGUCGUUGGUACAUUGUAAAUAUUGAUAACCAGUCAGACAUAAGCCCAGAGAAAAACACAAUUUUUGUUACAACUGAUGACUAUAACAGACAUACCACACAUUUUGCCGAAUCAUUUGUGACACUUGAUAGCCAUAUUUUAUCCACACCUGUCAUUGGUGAUUUUACUGGCGAUGGUAUCAACAGCGACCUUAUAAUACCAGUUAAUUAUUACUUUGAUAACGAGGUUAAAUUUGACGAGCAACAUUUGGAAAACUUAAAGCUAGAUGUAUCCGAAGUUGACUUUUACUUAUCUAAUGGUAUCAUAGUUAUUGACCUUCGGACAAGGGAAAUAAUUUACAAUACAACCUUAGAGUUAACAAUGAAAUCGAGCAGUUUGCCAUGCUAUCUGUUAUCUUCCCCUGUGGUUGUUGAUUUGGAUGGUAAUCAUGGUAGUAAUGAAGUUGUUAUUGGUAGUUCAUCUGGUAAGGUACAUGUCUUGAACAAAGAUGGAGGUUACCCAUGGUCAUUCCAUUUAUCUGACUCAAUUGCUGGUCAAAUUGCAGUGGAGGAUAUAAAUAAUGAUGGAAGCAUGGAAGUGAUUGUUGUUGAUGGCAGUGCUAAUGUUAUGUGCUAUAAUCAAGAUAAAUUAUUAUGGGAGGCUACCAUCUCUGGAACUUUGACAGCUGGGGCACAGCUUUAUGAUAUCAAUAAUGAUGAUAAACUUGAAGUCAUCAUAGCAAGUAAUGACGGUUAUAUUUGGGUAUUAGAUUGUGAAACUGGGAAGGUCUUGGAAAAUUGGCCAGUAUUGUUAGGGAGCAAGAUUCAUUCCCAGGUGUUAUUCCAGAAACAGAUAGAUGAUUCAAUUGACAUGAUUGUCAUGUCAGCUGGAAAUUUAAUCAUCCUUAGUGGAAAUACACAAUGUCUGGAAGUUAUCCCAACAGAGGAGAUAUCAUAUACACCAGUCAUUUAUCAUGAACAAAAUAUGGCUCUUAUUGUUUCAACUUCUGAUGGAGCCAUCUUGUCUUUCAACCAAGCUGGAGUUAACAAGCAGAUGACCAGAGAUGAAUUCCGGAUUAAAUUCACUGAAACUACUAGCAAAUUACAAACAGUCGCCAGCCAGAAUUUUAAUAUAGAAUUUGAAAUUUUUACCCAAUCCUACAAAGAACCAAGUUCUGAGUUCAAUGUUGUGAUUAGUUACUCCACAGAGAGGGGUAUUAAACAUGAUAUAAGUAAAUAUAGCAAACCAGGGCUAUAUUCUAGAAGCCUACAGUCACCUAAAGUUCCAAAAUAUACAUAUAUUUCAAUAGUGUUAUGUAAUAAGUUCAAGCAAUGCAGUGAAGAUAGGAUAUUUAUUAACUUUCACAGUCAGACAAAGGAUACAAUGGUACUUUAUGCAUUUCUACCAUUGUUAGUUAUGGCUGUACUGUUGUUAUUUAUUCAUGGCUACCCUGAGGGGGAUCUCUUGCCGACAUGGGAGAGCUCAAAGAAAUAUUAAAUUGAUAAUCCAAAUCAGCUUUAUAUAAAUUUAUUUCAACCGCAAUUUAUCUUUAAACUGAAUGAUAAACCCUGAGUAGUUUUUGAUCAAAUCUAACUUCGCAUAAG